AUGAAAGGGCUGUCCAGCAGCCGCAGCCACCACCACGUGAUGGCCUGCGAGCCCUCGUACGACGUCAUGGGCUACCACGCCGAGCGUAGCAAGCCAUACCUCAUCAGCCAGGUGGACGCGCCGCACCCCGCCGACCACCCCUACUACGCCCAGCGCAGCAUCACCUCCUCCCCCUACCAGCCCGACUGCGUGGUGCCUUACGGGACCUUCCCUCGCCGCCACUACAGCUCCCACCACGAGCUGAAGGACGAGUGCGCGCUGGUCCCUUACACCGGUGGAGGCGGCGGGGGCGGCUGCGUCUCCGCGGGGGGCUCCGUCAAGGGCAACCGGCUGCCCGUCAACCUGCUGGACCAGUUUGAGCGGCAGCUGCCGGCGGUGGCGUCGCGGGACGGCUACCACACGCUGCAGUACAAGCGCACGGCGGCCCUGGAGCAGCGCAGCGACAGCCCCGGACGCAUCCGGCACCUGGUGCACUCCGUGCAGAAGCUGUUCACCAAGUCGCACUCGUUGGAGGGACCCCACCACGUGCACCACCACCACUCCAAGGGCAGCGUGAACGGCGGCGGCGGCGGCGGCGGGGGCAGCUGCAAGGUCAGCCCAGACAGCGAGACGCCCACCCUGCGGCAGCGCAAGCGCAGCAAGAGCCGGGAGCGCUGCAAGUCGGCGGAGCCCAAGAACCGGUCCACGCCCGUGCCGGCGUCGGGUUACUGGAGCUCGGACGACAACCUGGAGCGGGACGUGUGCCUGUACCGCAGCCCCACGGUGCCCACGGCCGGCGUCAUGACGAUGGGCCGGCACCCGGACAAGUCGCAGUCGCAGUACUUCCUGGAGGCGUACAACACCAUCAGCGAGCACACGCUGAAGACGUCGCGCAGCAACAACGACGUGGGCAAGUGCACAACCUGCACGAUCGGCGGCGUCGGCGGCGGCGGGCCGCUGGGCCUGGAGGCGGCCCAGCAGCUGGUGAAGAAGAGCUCAUGGUCGUCCUCUCUCACGGUGAGCAGGGCCCGUGAAGUCUACCAGAAGGCCUCGCUGGUAAAUGUAGAUAAGGCGCUAGUGAAAGCUGAGGCUUGUCAGCAGGAGCGCUCUUGCCAAUUCUUGCAGGUGCCACAGGAUGACUGGGGUGGGGGAUUCACCCCGUUGGGCAAGGAGGACGACAUACCGUGCCGGCGCAUGCGCAGCGGCAGCUACGUGAAAGCCAUGGCGGAGGACGACAGUGGAGACUCGGACGGCAGCCCCAAGCCCUCGCCCAAGAUGCAGGCGCGGCGGGCCAGCUACCUCAAAGCCACGCAGCCCUCGCUCACCGAGAUGACCACGCUAAAGAUCUCCACCGAGCACUCUCCGAAGCUGCAGAUCCGAAGCCACAGUUACCUGCGGGCGGUGAGUGAAGUCUCCAUCAAUAGGAGCCUGGACAGCCUGGACCCUAAAGCCCUGCUCGCCUCACCUCAAUACCGCUCGCGAAACGAGAGCUACAUGAGGGCAAUGAGCACCAUCAGCCAGCUGAGUGAGGUGGAGGUGAAUGGGCAGAUCGAGGCGGUGUGCGAGUCAGUGUUCAGCGUGGGCGAGAUGGAGUCUCAGGCGGUGGACGCGCUGGACCUGCCGGUGCCCGGCUGCUUCCGCAUGCGCAGCCACAGCUACGUGCGUGCCAUCGACCAGGGCUGCUCCCAGGACGAGGAGUGCGGCCCGCUACUGCCCGCCUCCCCGCCCAGAACCACCACCACCGUCAGGACCAUACAGAGUAGCACAGUCUCGUCCUGCAUCACCACCUACAAGAAGACCCCUCCGCCGGUGCCACCCCGCACCUCCACCAAGCCCUUCAUCUCCAUCACGGCCCAGAGCAGCACCGAGUCGGCGCAGGACGCCUACAUGGAGGGCAGUGUGGGGCUGCGCGGCGCGGGCGCCAGCGGCGAAGGCCGGGCCCUGCACUCGGGCCUCAGCAACUCCACGGAGAGCAUCGACAGCAUGAAGGCGCUCACGGCCGCCAUCGAGGCCGCCAACGCGCAGAUCCACGGCCCCGCCAGCCAGCACGUGAACAGCAGCAGCAGCGCCAUGGCCGCCCUGUCCCUCGCCGGCCCCGCCAUCACGCUGGCCUCCCUGCCACAGCUGCUGCCCUCGUCGUCUGAGGAGGCGCGCCGAGAGGCCCUGCGCAAGAGCCGCUGCCUUUCCAUCGGCAUCCAGGUGGAUGGGCCAGAGGAGACUUUGGAUGCAGAGGACCAGUCUAAAUUCCAGUCAGUAGGAAUCCAAGUGGAGGAUGAAAGAGUCUACCGACGCCUGGCGCGGUCCAACAGCGUGACGACGGCCGUACAGGCGGACCUGGACACGCAGGACUACGCCGAGGCUGCCGGCGGUGGCGGCGGUGGUGGUGGCGGUGGCGGCAGCGGUGGCGGCGGCAGCAGCAGCAACGCACCCGACCCCGUGGAGAUGCCGUCGUCCUCCUCGGGCUGCAUGACGCGGCAGUACUCGCGCGACGCCGCCACCUCCACCGUCAGCAUCCAGGGCUCGGGGAACCACUACCACGCCUGCGCCUCCGACGACUACGAGGACGUGGUGGGCUUCGACCCCUCCAUCCUGCCGCCGCCCGAUCCCUGGAUCGACAGCGUGACGGAGGACCCGCUGGAGGUGGUGAGCCGCUCGUCGGUGUGCCAGCGGGACGGCCACUGGUUCCUGAAGCUGCUACAGGCCGAGGCGGAGCGCAUGGAGGGCUGGUGCCACCAGAUGGAGCAGGACGAGCGAGAGAACGAGCUGCCCGACGACAUCCUUGGUAAGAUCCGCAGUGCUGUGGGCAGUGCUCAGCUCCUCAUGUCUCAGAAGUUCCAGCAAUUCCGAGAGCUCUGUGAAGAGAACCUGAAUCCAAACGCACAUCCCAGACCAGUGUCGCAGGACCUGGCAGGCUUCUGGGACAUGCUGCAGCUGUCGAUAGAGAACAUCAGCCUGAAGUUUGACGAGCUUCACCAGCUGAAGGCCAACAACUGGCGACCCCUGGACCCCCCUGAGCGCAAGGAGCGCAAGCUGCCUCCCCCUGUGCCAAAGAAACCCCCGAAAGGCCACCCGCCGCUGGCUAGAGACCGCUCUCUGGAGAGCACCGAGAAGCAGCGGCAGGAGGCCCGCAAGCGGCUGAUGGCUGCCAAGCGGGCCGCGUCGGUGCGGCAAAACUCUGCGACGGAGAGCGCAGACAGCAUUGAGAUCUAUAUUCCAGAGGCCCAGACACGAUUAUAAGGCUCUGCGAUGCACACGUUGCUACUACACAUGAC